AACACUUCCUGUUCAGGGCUUUUGCCUUCAACAAAGAUGGUGCUUGUGGUACAGGUUCCCUGACAGUCUGGAUUCCGGUUGCAGAUUUUUUUUUUUUUUUUUUUUUUUAAAGAUACGUGUUUGCGGACGGGGAAAUGGAGGCUAGAGACAAGCAAGUUCUUCGCUCCCUUCGCCUGGAGCUGGGUGCAGAGGUACUGGUGGAGGGACUGGUUCUCCAGUAUCUUUACCAGGAAGGGGUCUUGACGGAAAACCAUGUUCAAGAAAUUAAAGCUCAAGCUACAGGCCUCCGGAAAACAAUGCUGCUGCUGGAUAUCCUACCUUCCAGGGGUCCUAAAGCAUUCGAUGCAUUCCUAGAUUCCCUUCAGGAAUUUCCCUGGGUAAGGGAGAAACUGGAGAAGGCAAGAGAAGAAGCCAUAGUUGAGCUGCCUGCAGGUUCACAGGAGGGGUGGAAAAUAAAGGAAACAGCUGAUUUAGACAAAUUAUUGAAUAAGUUUUGUCAUGAAGAGAAGGAAGAAGAUAUCCUGAAUGGCAGCCAGUCCCUGGGACAAAGGGAUUUCUCUGCAGAACCAUCACAUUCAGGGACCCAGAUUAACACAUGGGCCCUGGGAAGUAGCCGGUCAGAUGACUGGAUGACAGGAAUCCCCCCACACAUCCUCAACAGCUCCCCGUCGGACCGGCAGAUCAACCAGCUGGCCCAGAGGCUGGGCCCUGAGUGGGAACCUGUGGUGCUGUCUCUGGGGCUGUCCCAGACUGACAUCUAUCGCUGUAAGGCCAACCACCCCCACAACGUGCAGUCACAGAUGGUGGAGGCCUUCGUCCGCUGGAGGCAGCGCUACGGGAAGCAGGCUACCUUCCAGAGCUUGCACAGGGGACUCCAGGCUGUGGAGGUGGACCCCUCGGUGCUCCAGCACAUGUUGGAAUGAUGGCACCUCCAUCAACUCCUGGGGAGUUCUUCCCCCAGUCACAUGUGCCGAAUCCUGACUCUCACCAAGGGCAGGUAGAUUUGGGGAGUUUUUGCGGGGAAGGGCUUUUCUUUCUAGUGGUCCUUAGAUCGAAGGAGAUAAUGGGAUUUCCACUUGACAUUAUUUGAAAGGCAGGGUUACUUAGCAGAUCUCCCACACUGAAUUGGCAAUCCAUUGCUUCUGAUUGCUCAAAGAUUGCAUUAUUUGAAUUCUGUAGGUUUUAAUUGUGUGGUUGCCUUUUAAUAGACUGGUAAAUCAUAGUGGCUCAAAAAAAAAAUACAGGUGUCCUAUAAAUAAAA